AUGCAACCCAUAAAUUAGUUGCUUAUCACAAUUGCUAAAAUUUUGGAAGAAAUUUUAAAGGAAACUGAUUAAUUGAGUUUGUAAUAGGUAUCCGUAUUCCAUGCCUCACGAGCACCAUCUAUAUCAAUUCAAAAUUACAUACAGAGAAUUGCAAAAUACACAAAUUGCAACAGUGUUUGCUUUGUUCUUGCAUUAAUAUAUCUAGAUAAAGUUUAAGAAAUGCAUUAAGAUGUAGUGCUUAAUUCAAAUUGUAUACAUAGGUAUGAACUUGUAAUAGUUUAUUGAUUUAUAAUAGUAUCUAUAAUGGUGGCAAUAAAGUAUUAUGAUGAUGAAUACUAUAAGAAUGAAUAUUAUGCAAAAGUGGGAGGGCUAUCAUUAAAGGAAAUAAAUAAACUAGAGAUGGAAUUUUUGGAUAUGUUGAAUUACGAAUUAUUUAUAUAAAAUGAAGUAUUUGAAGUUUAUGAAGAGAGAUUAAAAUAAUAUGAAAUCAUAGAGAUCUGA